CAAAGGAGCAGGGACAUAGCUGAUCCCCCCCAUCCGCAGGAAGAGCCAGGAAGAGAUCCCUAGAUCUAACCAGAGCCAAGAUGUGCGACUGUGGAUGCUAUUCGUAUUGUCUGCAUGACAGUGGGUCCUGCUACAGUCACUACCAUUCGCAUUCGCACACGCAUUCGCAUCAUUGCUGUGCGGGAUACAAGUAUCUGAAGUGCCUCUGUCGCUACUAUCGUCAUGUGCACUGCACCUGUUCCUGUUGGCGUCGGAAAUGCUAUCUUCUGUAAGGAGACGAGCAACUGGCGGUAGAAGGAGGAGGAGGAGCAGCAUCGUCAGGAGAAGGAUUCCCAGAAGGAUGAGCAGCACACAGACACAGACACACACAAAUCACAACUCAAACAACGCAAAUCACACAGAAAUCACAUGAUAAAGUCCUUUAAGUAGUUGCAUAACACUUGGCUGCAUCCAAUCGAAACACAGGAAAGCAGGAGAAGGAGAUGGAAAAGGAGGUUUAAGGCGUCGACGUUCGUCGGUUCUGGCGAUGGGUUUUUGUGUGGCAACUAGCGUGCAUACGGGUCGUAUGUGCAACGUUUUCAGUUGUUUGUGUGAGUGCGAAAGAGAGAGAGAGAGAGCGAACGAACGAAAGAGAGCGAGAGUGGGGCGUCCCAAGAGUGCUACAGUAUAUGCUGUUUGUGUGUGUGUGUGUGUUUGGGUGCAAGUGUGUGUCAGUGCCUGUGCCUGGAGAAAAAUGGUUCAAGGAUGUGGCCAACAUGGUUAUCGACUACGUGUUUCAGUUGCAACACACCAAAGAUACAAGAAAAACAACAAAGAGUACACAUUCAUUCGAUGCACCAAGAAAAAC